AUGGACUCCGAUAAGCAGCAAGACAGUGCCAAGGCAUCUUCUAUUGAGGUCAUGACCACCACAGAUCGUGUUGACCACGGUUCUGAGAAGCCGGAACGCCGGCUAUCGCAUUCAACCGACGCAUCGAAGAACAGCAACAAGAAGACGGCAGAAAAGCGAGCAGAUGAUCGAGCAAGUCCAGAUUCUGCAGAGCAACCAGCGAAGAAGAUGAAGAGGGGGAAGUACAUUUCAAGAGCUUGCACAUCUUGUCAACAGCGAAAAGUAAAGUGCGAUGGCGGCGAGCCGUGUGCUCAAUGUAUCGCCCGGGACCAGCCAUGUGUCUCCGCGCCAAAAGGCCAUAAUGCGCAUGCAGCGAUGGAACAGCGAAGCCGUACUUUCAGUGUAGGCGAGGUCGAUGCCGUGCGUCGUGCAGGUGGCAGCACCGCGGGGAACGCCAGUACUAUGGAGCUGCUUGCUCGUUUGGCCGAAGUGGAGCAUCGACUAAACAUGAUCCCGACAUCCAAUUUCGAUGCCAUGCUGUACAAGAACGGCCAAACAUUCGCGGGUGAGAUCUCGAUGAGCCCAGGCCUCCAAGGCAUGGAUGACGACAUGGAUAGAAUGGCCGCGGACUCAUCCGGGAUGAUGGCAGAAUAUCCAUCUAGGUCUCCAAAUCCUGCGGGAGACAGUUCUCCACGAAAAGUUCGUGCCUGGUUGGAGGCCAUUCUUGACCAACACGGCGUCGUUGCUGAUGAAGAGGCCUGGAGACGAUAUUUGCAUAUUUUCCUCGAGGAAAUCCACAUCCUGUAUCCGAUACUACACGCGCCUACUCUCUGGGAGACCUUCAACGAAAUGUGGGAGUACUCCGCUCUAUGGCCUCUCACGAGCUCGGCAGAGCGAGAACAGAAGCGGAUGGCUGUGGCUCUUGUAAUCUACCUUUUCCGCCUCGACGCUACUCAACGGGCGACCCGACUUCUUGCCCUGGCAGUAUCCAAUGCCCACAUAAUUGGUCUGCACCGACAGAGCACCCUCGAAAAUAUGCCUGCAGUGGCCAGUCAAAUGUACACGAGAUCGUGGUGGUCUAUUUACGUACUAGAUCGACGUCUGGCAAUCGAAUCCGGCCGUCCAUACCUAAUCCAGGACAGCAAUGUCGAUACAGCACUACCUCUAGACCUCAGCGACGCAUGGCUGACUCGUUUCCAGUCGAGGCCCGAGAAGAUCUCACAACUGCAGAGAGAGGUGGCACUCGAGCUUGCCAGUGAGCCGAUUACGGCGAUUCCGUAUAUAGCGGCGAUGGUACGAUACUCGAGAGUCGUAGGGAAGGCCUGGGAACUACUUUACGGUGUCAAGUCUGCGAACUCGACAUCGUCUCCGAUGGUGGAGUAUGCUGAUACAGUCUUGACUGAUCUCCUCGACACAUUGCCUCCAUGUUUGACAUACGACCUCAACAUCCCGAAUGAGGUGCAAUUUGCAUCAAGGCUGCGAUGGCAGGUCAAACAGACUGUGCUACUGUAUACAUGCACACAUUUCCUCCGCUUGCUCAUGCGACGGCCAUUUUCAUCUCACGUACGACGUUUUGAUCGAGCCGAAGACGAUGAAGUCGACAUCCAAGACGAUACUCUCAAAAUAUGGGUGUCCGGGAAGAUGAUGCGCUGGGUGCAGAAGCUGACGUCCCUCGUCCAGCGCACAUUCAAGGAGGGAGGAACGGACCGCGAGUCAUCACAACGACGGGAUAGCGUUUCUCUUAAUCAAGAGGUCAGAGGGGAUGAUAUGCAGCAACUGACGCCGCGUUCAGACCAGGCCGUCGAGUCUGAGAAUGGCAUACCCGCAGACUAUCAGCAAACCAGACUUUUGGGCGGCUUGCAAGCGGGGAAGCAAGGGCUUGGUGGUUCCCCGUCUUGGAGCUUUGGUACAGACGGACAAGGCCCAAACCUUCCAGACUGGGCUAUAUCAGACUUUAACUUCGAAACCAUCAUAGCCGGAGAGGGUUCGGUUCAAAGGGCUCUCCAGUCUGGAGAUUUGGCCACAAUACCGGAGAAUGGGUCCUCCACAAUGAAGAUCAGCAACAUUGAUUUGGACGAGAGCAUGUUUGGUUCUCUUGGUCCGAAUGGAAUCUUCAACCUUGACAUGGACAUGGAACAGGCCACUUUGGGUCUUUUUAGCCCCGACAUAUCUAGGUAUGCGUGA